UACCUCCUUGUCGUACUGCGCACAUGAUGAUGAGGAAAGGUUCCUCUCAGACAUCUACACACUUAGUGUUCUGACAGAUCCCGUUUUUAGAAAUCGAAUUAUUUUUUUUUAAAGUCUCACACCUUUAGGAUAAUUUUCAAGGAUUUCCUGCGACUCGAGGUCUGUAUUUGAAAACGUUCCGAGGAAAUUGCUACCGUCAACAAGGAACCAAAUGAGCAGCGCAACAUUUCCCUCUCCCAUUGCCGAGAUGGCAGAAAUAAACCGUAUUCACUAUGAUCUGGAGUACACAGAGGGCAUCAGCCAGAGGAUGCGCAUACCUGAGAUGCUCAAAGUGGCUCCACAAGGCCAGGAGGACUCCAAUGUUAACGCAAAGCAGCUUCCUCACAGCGUUACAAUGCAGGUCCCAGAACGAAUUGUUGUCUCAGGAGACGGUGAUGACAAGCAUUUUUCAAGGCCCAGAGACCUGGAUUUAAUCCAGUCGACACCAUUAGAAGCCCUGUCUCUAAAGACUCCUCCAAGAGUACUCACGCUCAGUGAGCGUCCUCUCGACUUCCUGGAGGAUGAGCAUAGAGCAGCUCCAGAAAAUGAAGCCAUGAUGCGACACCAAGGGCGGUCAAGACGCGAGCGCUCAGCUAGUGAGAAUACAGCUGUACGUCAUACCAGUCAACUGAUGCAUCACGAUUCAGCUGCAACAGCUUCCCCCCCAGCCUCUCUUCACCCACCUUUCCCUCCCAAUGUGAUCAAAGAAGAACACAACCUGUACAGCGCUAGUGGCAUUUUAUCAUUCCUCCAGUCCACUACACGUCGGGCCUACCAGCAGGUUCUUGAGGUCUUGGAUGAAAACCGCAGAAAACCAUCACUGCGAGGGGGGUCGGCCUCAAGCACCAACCCCCUGCAUGAUUCCAGGAUUGCAUUAGCAACAUAUGAAGGCUCUCUGGAUGGGGGAUCUGAUGACAUGACCGUUGUAGAUGCAGCAACACUGCGACGUCAGCUUAUCAAGUUAAAUCGACGGCUCCAGCUUUUGGAAGAGGAGAAUAAGGAGCGGGCAAAACGGGAGAUGAUCCUGUACUCGGUCACUGUGGCUUUCUGGCUCAUCAACACGUGGGUGUGGUUGAAACGUUGAAGUACAUCAGUAUUUCUACCACUGCAAAACAAGUACAUGAUACUGUAUCCCAAUGACAUGUUACACUUGCUGCCCUGUAAGCAAGACCAUCCUUUUGCACGGUGCACUCAGUUUUCUCUGGUUGAUUUGUGUAUUUUUUUUUUUUUUUUUUUAAAUAUACACUUUUGUGUUGUUAGUUUACUGCUUUACUAUAUUUUGUUUUUGUAUACAAAGUUUGAGAAAUGCUAAGCAUUAUUUGUAAAUAUAUAUCACUGUCAGUAAGGAGUAAUGCCAUAUUUUGCUUUUAGAGUACAAAUGUUAAGCAAUGCCAGGCAUAACCUUUUUGUAAAUAUUUAUUGCUUAAGGAAUGAGUAAUUCAUUAAUAAAGCACAGCUUGGUGUACCAUAUUAAGAACAUUAGCCACAUACUUCUACCCACUAGUCAGCUCUGCUAUGAAAACAACGUAAGCAAUUAAAAUCAAAAUCAAAACUCUGGCUUUGGGUGAGCCAAUCCAGAUUGUGAAAUGUGAUCCUCGCCACUGUAAGUACAGUCUCCAUCAGAACCAAGUGGUCAAUUUACUGGACAGGUGUCCUACUAGGUGGGUUCCAGGUUUGGGGCUCUGACCAAGGUCUUGAGCAGAGGUCUCUAAACCGGUCCUCAUGGGCCGCUGUGAGUCUGUUUUUGUUUCUACCGAUCGCCAUGGACAGUUUAACCAAUGAGGUUUCUGUUAAAACAAGCAGCAUGUGGCUGCAAUUAACUGAUUACACUUGGAAGACACCAGAUUGGUGUAAAUGUGUCGCCAUGUUUUGUUGGAAUGAAAUCCUGCACCCACUGCGGCCCUAUGUGGAAUAGUUUGGAGACCCCUGGUCUAGAGAACAAUGCAUUAAUAAUAGGAAACACCACUGAUAAAGUGACUGCAGAGGCUUGGACACCAGUUAACCAACGGACUUGCUUUCGUUAUUGUAAUGAGGGUGACUAUGUUCGUCAGGCUGUCUAAAAGGGGGUACGUGGCUGAAGUAGAUAAUGGUAAUGGGUAUGCCUGUCACAAUAUGCAAUAAUUCCAUUUAUCGCACAAUAAAUAAAAAUGAAGGCGGUAAUUUUUCCGCUGCGAUCUAUCGCCUCGUGCGUGCUCGCGUGCGGCAGACAUGCUGUUAAAAGUUCGGAUUCCUUGUUACCAACUGCGCAAAAUACAUCUUCGUUCCAGGUCCGGCAAAAAAUAGCACCGGAGCCAAUCUUUCCCAUUAUAUCCUAUUGUUCAACGUAUACCGGCCGCGUCAGUGCUCAGGAUUGACUGAGGACCAUCUCUGGCGUGCCGUUGUUGUUGACGUGUGGGCGCUCCCAUCAGGGGUGACAUGCCACGCGGAGCGGCUAUUUUUCGGCACAACACCGGAUAUUUGAGUGGCAAAUUAAGAGCACUGUGCUUCAAACUCGUCCUGUUUAUGAAAGUCGAUUGUCAUAUGCUGUUGUUGUACAGUAAUGAGCAGACGUGACUUAUGUGGCGUUUGCUAACUUUUUUAAUGUGCACACACACUAGAUAUCAUGAAAUGGCAAACUAGAUGUGCUACGUCCUACGCCAUUGGCUACGUGAGCCCAGAGUGAUUAUGGGACACGGAGUCCAUAUACUGCAUCGAUGAAUUAUAAACUGCAAUGACUGAAUGGAAGUUAAGAAUGCCAAAUCAAUCCAUACCAGUGACUAUAGAUAAUGCUGCAAAUAUUGUUAAUUCAGUAUGUGACACAGAUGGAUUCGGACCACAAAUAGGAUGUCUUGCUCACGUAGUAAACCUAGCUGCUAAGAGAGCUGUAGCAAUCAACAGUGUGCCCCGCCUCACUUUACAAACAGUAAAGAUUGUUCUCAGCACUUUUAUACUAAAUUUCUUCAGAUCAGUAAGAGUUAAGCACAUAGAUAUUAUGUACUAAAAUGCAUGUUCAUAUGACGGCAAUUUAAUUUUUGCUCGUUUGCAAAAAAAAAAAGUUUUUUUUUUUCAGAGCAUUAAAUGUAUUGAAUCGGAUCAAAAACAGUGUCCCCCGUAUCGAAAAUCGUACCGAACCGUGACUUAACUGUAUCGUUGCAUCCCUAUGGAACACCAUUGCAGAAGGUAUGAGGGGAACAGUUUUCAUUUGUCUAAAUGCUUAAGUUAUUAACUGCAAUUGUAUUUUUUUUUUCUUGAAAAACACAUUUCUGUGUUUCUGUGUGGUAUUAAUAUUGUCAUUUACUUAAGAGGCAUGGUCUAUUGUUUUUAGUUGUGAUUUCUUAUCGCGUUUAAAUGGGUGUACUUGAUCUCUUAAUAUAUACUGUAUUCUCACUGUUAUUGUAAAUUGGUUUUUUAAAAAAUUGGGGGGGGGGGGCGCAAUAAUAUCGCAUAUUGCAAUAAUUUAUGAGAUAACAAAUUUUAGUGUGCGAUAAUUUAUCGCGACAGGCCUAGUAAUGGGGUUGGAAUUGGCUCCAGUGAAGGUGACAAAGAAUAAAGACAUUAAUAUUCAUAGUCUUAUGCACAAUAUCACAAAUCCCGAGUUUGACCUGCCUGCCAGUCUGAGACUUCACUCAAGACCAGUCGAGACUCAGUAAGAUGUACUCAUAUUUUUAUAUAUGAAAUGACAACUUUUGAUCAAUUGCCUCAGAUUUUUUUUGUGUGUGUAGGGGUGCGGGGGGUUAAAACACUUCUCUACUAAUUGUUAACUUAUACAAACUAUAAAAUGCGAAAAAGGUUACACAAAUAGGAAUGUGUUAUUUAUUUCAAAUUAAAUGAGAAAUGACUCAUUAACAUUGUGAAUGUUGACAUUCUUUCAAAGUGGUAAUUCAACCUUAGCUGAAUUUUCCUUUUAUCCCAGACAACUGUUUUAGGUUAUUUACCUGACAUGUUUAGGCGACUACUUCCGCCUUCAUCCGAGUAUACUUCUCUGAUGAAGGCGGAGGUAGUCGCUAAUGGUCUGGGUCAAAAGAAAAAAUCAACUAAUCUAAGUGUAGACAAAGAAAAAUUCAACUAAUCUGUAAUUGUAGACAACAUGAACUCAAUACAACUAUUAAGAGAAAGUUACUGGACACUCUGAUGAAAGCGAAAGUAGUUGCCGAAACAUGUCAGGUAAAUAAAACAACCUAAAACAAUUGUCUGGAAUUAAAAAAAAAAAAAAUUCCACUAAUCUAAAAGUGUAGACAAAAGGAACUCCAUACAAUUGUUAAUUCAACCUUUCAAGUCAAGUUUCACUAAAUCAAAUUGCUUCCAGCAUUCAAGGUUGUGUGUGCUGAAUUUACAUUUUAAAAAAUAAAAAAAGUAUUAUAUGUCUGUGUGUCUAAAGCUCCUCAAUCAAGCAACGUGGUGGAAACGAAUUAUGACUUGAGUUGGAUUUUGUAUCCGGUUCUAUAGCAUCCUCAUAUUCUGGAUGGAUUAAUGAUGGAGCAGAAGCUUUGACUGAUUUGCACAUUGAAAAUAUAGAAUGAUCUACACUACAAAGGCUAUUUUUUCUGACCGAGUCAUCCUCAUAGCCCUCCCCUGAGAUCACAUUAAUUCUCGGUCUUGAUAUCAUGGACAAAGACAUAUCUUCAAAGAUGUUUUCAGGCUCCAUGUCCUCCAGGUCUGGAAGAUCGUCAACAUUUAGGGGGGCAGUCGGUGGAAUGGCUUCAAACUGGCCUGCAUUCACCAGUUCUGUCACAAGUGGCUCAUGACCAUGUGAUGAUUUUGAAGAAGCACCUCUCUCCACUAGCUGGUGUUCCAUGUUUUCUCGUCUACUUGCAUCCUUUCCUAAAACUACUUCUGUUGUUGGUCUCAACAUCAUCUCUGAGGAAGACAUUUCUGAGAUGUUUAUUGGCUCCAGAUCCUCCAGGUCAGGCAGAUUGUCAACAUGUAAUGGGGCAAUUAGUGGAAUGGUUUCCAACUUCUCUGCAUUGACCAGUUCAGUCACAAGUGGCCCAGGAUAACGUGAUGAUUCAGAAGAAGCACCUAUCACCAAAGGAAGUAGGUGGUGUUCCAUGUUUUCUUGUUUGCAUGCAUCAUUCCCUAAAACCACACGCUCUGUCUUUUCUCCAUUAUGUUCCUCCAGUGUUUCUUUGCAUAACUCCCCAUAUUCAUUGGCUUCAAAAUCUUGCUUUUCUUCCUCU